UCUCACGUCUUCGUUCUCUGUUUUAUCUUUUUCAGCUUUAUUUUCUCCAAAGAAAAUUUGUUUCUUGUGACUCAAGAAAAUGGUUCUUAUUAUAAAUAAAGUCUUCUACAUCCAACUAAAGAUGGCAGAAGAUGUGAUUCUUUUGGAGUACUGGGCGAGCAUGUUUGGGUGAGGACAAGGAUUGCUUUGGGGGAGAAAAAAGUGAAAUAUGAGUACAGAGAAGAAGAUCCAAGUAACAAGAGCCAGUUUGCUUGAUGUUCUGAUCGUGCCUGACGACGCUGACGUUGACAUUGUGCUGUAACUCUUUACAAGAUCCAAAACAAAGUACUGACUAGGUGGUAUCAUUUGUAUGUUAACUAAAGUCACGUGUUACAUUACUCACGUGUACACCCACCUAACUAGGUUACAAUAAUGCAAACGAGGAAGUAGAGUAGGUGGACAUGACACAAGUACAGAGAUAUAGCAAAUCACUGACUCAAGAUCUCUCUAGGCUCAUUAGUUUGAAGCUACCAGUAACAUUGCCUAGAAUAGGUGGACACUACACAUUUUCUUAAUUGGCUCUAUAAUUACCAAAAAUUUCAGACUCUUUCUUCUUCUUCACCAACAACUAAAGAUGGCAGAAGAGGUGAUUCUUUUGGAUUACUGGUCGAGCAUGUUUGGGAUGAGGACAAGGAUUGCUCUAGAGGAGAAAGGAGUGAAGUAUAGAUACAGAGAAGAAGAUCUGAGUAACAAGAGCCCCUUGCUUCUUGAAAUGAACCCUAUUCACAAGAAGAUUCCUGUUUUGAUACACAAAGGCAAACCGAUCUGCGAAUCCAUCAUCCAGGUUCAGUACAUCGACGAAGUCUGGCCUGACACAAACCCUAUUCUCCCUUCUGAUCCUUACCACAGAGCUCAGGCCAGAUUCUGGUCAGAUUACAUUGACAAGAAGACGGCCGGACCGUGCAAGGCUUUACAGAGAGAAACAGGGGAGAAACAAGAGGCAGCAAAGAUGGAGUUCAUGGAAGUACUCAAGAACCUUGACUCCGAGCUCGGAGACAAAUCUUUCUUUGGAGGAAACGUGUUUGGGCUAGUGGACAUUGCCUUUAUCGGAUUCUAUAGUUGGUUUCGUACGUACGAGGUGGUAGCAAACUUGAGCAUCGUAGCAGAGUUUCCUAAGCUAAUUGCUUGGGCAGAGAGGUGUUUAAAAAGAGAGAGUGUGGCUAAGGUCUUGCCCGACUCGGAUAAGGUGCUUAAGUCAGUCUCUGACUAUCGGAAGAAUAUUUUAGGAAUCAACUAGAUUCAUCUGGAGCUCGAGCUUCCGUCAUGGGUUUGAUUCCUCUUGACCAUUUAUAGAUGCUUUAAUUGGCAAGAAAACCGGGAUUUCUGUGAAUUUUUUGGUGAUUAGUCUUUGAACCUAGAAAACCUUUGAAAUUACACCAAAAUUAUCAAAAAAAAAAAAAAAAAAACUAGAUUCAUCUGCAGAAUGUUCCCUUUUAUGUUAUAUGUUGCUCUGUUUCUUUUUCAUGUUGUUUCCUUCUGGUUUCAAAAUCUGGUGUGUUUGAGAUCCAAAAAUAAAUUUUAAACCUUAAAUAAAGUUCUUUUUUUUUUGAA